UUUGGAAGAGUUAAAGCAGAAUGAAGAAUUUCAUUGGAAUUUUAUAUUUGGUUGCAGUUGUGUUGAUUUUUAUGGUUUCAGGCAAGAAUGUGAUAAAACCACUGAAGCCAUUGAAACAGUUAAAUUUGAAUGAAUCAAGAAUCGUUAAUGGCGUCCCAGCCACAUUGGGACAGAUUCCUGAGCAAGUACAGAUGACAGCCUAUAGUGACCCUGCAGGUCUUACGCCAAUGUACUACUGCGGUGGAGUCAUCAUAAGAGCCGAUUGGGUUCUAACUGCUGGUCAUUGUGUUGCCCCACUACCUGUUACAGGUAGUGCAAAAUUCCGAGCGGGUAUUAUUGAUCUCAACAAUCCUGGCCCGUAUGAGGAAUCAAUCCUUGUCUUAGCAGCUGGCAAUACUUACUUACAUUCUGCUUACAAUGAUGUUACGCUGGAGAAUGAUAUAGGUCUCAUUAGAGUACCAACGCAAUUUAAUCUCAACGGUCCCUUCGUAAAAGCCGCCAAUUUACCAUCACCCCGACUAAAUAUGGCGGAACAUGUUGGAGAAGAAUUGACAAUCUCAGGAUUUGGAAUUACAGUCCAUGGUGCAACGCAGAUUUCGCCAAUAUUGCUCGUGGCGAAUCUUAAAGUGAUUUCAAAUGCUCAAUGUAGGGCGUAUCCUUUUGUAGAAGCCGUUGAAGAUACAAAUUUUUGCGGACAAGACACAACACCACCCAUAAGUUCUACCUGUCAGGGUGAUUCAGGUGGUCCUGUAACUAUAAUGAUCGGCUCAACAUGUACUCUUGUCGGGCUUGUUUCAUUUGGCCCGGAUGGAACAUGUGGUAUACCACCUUCUGGCUUUACGCACGUCCCAAGUUACAUUACCUGGAUUACCGAUGUGCAAAAUCGACCCAUUUUACCUGUUUAA